AUGCCUUCCGAUCUGGAUACCCUGCUCGAUAUGGGCUUCGACAAGGAGCGCUCCGAGAUUGCUGUUAAGAAGACAGGAGGCCUCCAGGGUGCUCUCCAAUGGCUGGAGGAUAACCAGGACAAGCCUAUUGAUGAGAUCAAGGCUGCCGCUGCCGCCAAAGAGGAAGAUGACGAGGACGAUGACACCGAGGCCAAGAUCAAGGAGAUCGAAACUGGCAAGGCCGCUUCUCUUGUCUGCAAUGAGUGUGGCAAGAAAUUCAGAAACCAUGAUCUGGCUACCUAUCACGCGACCAAGACGUACGUUGAACUUGCACAUGUUCAAGACAGCUUGACUAACAAAGCAUACAGUGAGCACACAGACUUUUCCGAAUCAACAGAGGAGAUUGCUCCCCUGACUGAAGAUGAGAAGAAGGCUAAGCUCGAGGAGCUCCGUGAGCGCCUCCAAGCCAAGAAAGCCGUUCAGUCUGCCAAGGACAAGGAGGAUCAUAAGCGUAAUGAGCAAAUUCGUCAAAAGUCCACCAAGGAAAGCCAGGAAGCUAAGGAAGAAUUAGCCCGCAAGCAGGCCGUCAAGGAAGCUGCAGCAAAGCGACAGGAGAAGCUAGAGGACCAGGAAGCCAAGCGACGCAUCAAGGCCAAGAUCGAGGCCGACAAAGCCGAACGACGACGAAAGGCAGAGGAGGCCAAGGCAGCCAGAGAGGGCCGCGCUCCCCAGGCUGAGGCCGCUGCUCCUGGUGGCGCCGCUCCUGGUGGCGCCGCUGCUGUUGCUGCUGCGUCCAAGCCCAAGAGCAACCACAAUGAGGCUCGACUUCGCCUACAGACCGAAGGCGGAAACAUUACCAAGACUCUGCCCGCCGAGACGACAUUGUUCGAGUUGGCGCAGCAGGUUCAGAGCGAGACAGGAAAUGCUGUCUCCAGCUUCACGACUACUUUCCCACGAAAGACCUUUGAGGGCGACGUUGACUUCUCAAAGACCCUGAAGGAGGCCGGAUUGGUUCCUUCUUCUGUUCUGAUUGUUAAAUAG